AUGUUCUUGUUCAAUCGAUGUCAAGCCGUGAGUGAAGCCAGAGCUUCUGGCAUAGGUUAUGAGGAGGAACCAGGUAUGACCUGCGAACUGGAGAAGAAGACGGAUGAGGAACUGCUAGCUGAAGUGCCCAAAGCCGUCAAGGGUGGUAACUAUGGGCAUUUCAAAAAACAAGAGGAGCUCUUGAAUGGGCGGCCGGUGUAUUUCAGUGCGUCUGAGGACAACAUCGCCAGGAAACCUCUCUAUUUUGUUUAUGUCCAGAAGAAUGCUUGGAAACUUGAGAAUGUUUGGAUGCUGUGCGAAGAGGCUGAAAAUGACACCUAUGCCUGGAAGACCUUCUGCUUUUCGCCUGAUCGGGCCUAUUGGCCCACCAGUUCCGAUUGGAAGGAGACCCUCUACGUGGAGGCUCGGAGCAUGAAACAACGGCACAACAGCCCGGAGAAACCACGCAAGGAGCUGGCUGAGGAUGGGAGGUAUGAGCUGCAUUUGUUCGACCUCAAUGCCGACCAGCUGGAAAAGAGGAGCACUUUUGUGAUCGAUGACUACAUUCCUUGCCUUCCUGGCCCUUGGUACGGGCCGCCGAGGCUUGCAUUUGCAAAUGGGACCGACAAGCUUUUCGCGCCGAUUUUGGAGAAAACCUUUGCAAAGUACUAUGGAUCGUACUCAAACUUGCAUGGCGGGGGCAGUACGUAUGCCAUUGCCAUGAUGACUGGGGAGACGCGGGGUCUCAUGUUUGCCGCGCUCCACGAGUACGACGACAAGAAUCAUCGCUGUGAAGUCAUCAAACAAGGCGGACUUGCAGUCUAUGAGGAUAAGAAUCCGCAAAGCAAGAAGAUAGGAGUUCUUCCUGAAGGUGCGAAUUUGGAGAUUCUGGAAAUCCAUGGCCAACGCAUCAACUUCCGCAACACUGAUUUCCCCAGCUCGGGUUGGAUCUCCAGCUAUGUGGCAGGUCGUCGGACCAUCAAGAUCAAAGGUUGUGCACUCUUUAGGCGGCGGGGCACCGUGGGAUCCACGGCCCCUGGCCUGGGCGGUGGUUGGUUUCGAUGGCACAUGCGCGAGAAUGUGGUCUCCUCCAUGGGUCAAAAGAUUGGUCAAAUGAAGGAGGUGGACGAUCCGUUUCAGAUGUUGCUCGACUACGAUGCUCGCAACUAUCUCAUGACUGCUGGCAUCGUAAGUCCGGAAGAAUGGCGCCGCGAGAAGUACCUGGAUGGUCUUGUUUCGCCGCACUCCUAUUCUCUGCUCAGUGUCAGAGAGGUUGGCGGGCUUCGCAUGGUGUGCCUGCGAAACCCUUGGGGCAAAGGCGAGGGGAAAGAAUGGCUGGGCGGAUGGAAAGAUGGAGCCCAGGAGUGGAAAGCGCAUCCUGAAGUUGCAGAGGCGUUGGAAGUGGACUUCAAAGCUGAUGGAAUCUUUUGGUUGGAGUGGGAGGACUUUCAAUUUCUCAUGAAGGGUUUCUACGUUUAUCCCAAGGAGAUGCCCACGAAGCGAGGAAGUUUCGAGUCUGAGGCAGCCAACAAGCCACUCCCCAAGCCCGCGACCCGCUCGGAUGUCCCAGAAGCGCCGCGAAAGAAGGCUGAGGACGUACCGAAGCGGGAAACCGAGAAAGUGGAGAAGCCAGUGCGGCCAAGUCCCAAGGCAGAUGAUGAGCCUACAUGGAACGAAAAACAUCAGUGCAAUCAGACUUGGUGCUGA